UAAAUCAUGUUUCACAACAGCUUAAUUAAUUUGUUCAUCAAGAUACAUCAUGUAAUUUGGAUUCACUUUGGAAAUGAUGACUUUUAGAAAUCAAGAUGUCAAAUAAAAUAUUUCUAAACUGUACACACUUCUUUUCAAUGAGAAUUAUGGUAAGGUCUUGUAUAUUAUAACCAAUAUAAUAAAAUAUAACCAGUAUAAUAUAAUCAGAGAUGGUCAGCAGAGUGAGCAAGCGUUUGUAGUGACUUUGUUUGUUUUCUUUGUUUUCAUGAACUCAAAAACAAGCCAUGAGUUUAAUGCGUGAUGAACCCCAAGAUAUUGAGGAACAGUUUAUAUUGCGUCUGCCUCCUGAACAUGCUUAUACUGUCAGGAAGAUGAUACAUUCUAGAGGUGCUGCCAUGAAGGAUAAACUAAAAAUCGACUUUUCUUCUGAUGGACGUAAUGCAGUUGUUCAGGUAGAAGAUGUCUCACUGUCUGCUAAGCUGGUUAAUUUGCCUUGUGUCGUCGAAAGCCUGAAAACUGUUGAUAGAAAAACAUUUUAUAAAACAGCAGAUAUUUCUCAGAUGCUUGUAUGCAGUUCUGAUAGUGAGCCUCGUCCUUCCCCGGAAGAACCAGUUGCUUCUACUGAUUCUCCUGUAACUGGAAAAGGUGAAGGGAAGACACAGAAAAAAAAAUAUAACUGGAAGCAUGGCAUUACUCCACCACUUAAGAAUGUCAAAAAGAAAAGGUUCCGGAAAACAGCAAAAAAGCUCCCCAGUGUCAAACAAAUGGAUGAAGUCGGCUUCAGUGAGUACACUGAAUCUCCAAAUGUGGAAAAAGAAAUGAAGAGACUGCUCUGCUCAGAUGCUGAAGCCAUCAGUGUCCGCUGGGAAGUCAUUGCUGAUGAUGAAACCAAGGAAAUAGAAAGUCAAGGAUGCAUCUCAGGCAUUUCAGGAACCCCACAAAUGAGUGGCCCUCCCUCAUCAGACUAUGAUAUGCUUCGAGAGAUGUUUGCUGAUUCUCGCAGUAACAGUAAUGAUGUGGAAGAUAAGGCUGAUAAAAUUGAAGCUGAGGAGGAUGAUGGAGAGGAGAGUGAUGAUGAUGACGACGACGACGAUGAAGAGGAUGAAGAGGAAGAAGAAAAGAAGAUAGACAGUUGGGAAGAAGAAUUAGAAAGGGAGCUGCAAGCCAAAUUUAUUCAAUCUAGCUCCGAAGAAGCAAACAAAGACUAUGAUUACAGUUCAAUAAUCACAGGAAUUCAGAAACUGAUUUAUUACAAAGAAAAAAAGCUUCAACAGGUUUAUAAGAAAGCCCAACGACAGAAAGACCUCCUUAGGAAUGUGGAAAACUUGACCCUUAAGAGGCAUUUCCAGUAUGUUUUGGAGCAGCUUAACAUAUUGGAAAAACAAAAGUGUGAGGAGAUUUAUCACCUACAGGAACAACUGAAAUGUUUUCUGAAGGAGUAA